AAACAGUAAGGUUCAGUCAUAUGACUGGCUCACAGGAAGAACUUUGGUCGUGAGGUUUAAAGUGGGCAGAGAAUAACAGUCUCACACAACAUGGAUUCCUGCCUGAACUGGGAAAUGCCCUAACUCCUGUGUAUUGAGGGAUAUUCCAUUUAAAAUCGGAGCGCAGCGCAUCAUAAACAUAAAAUUGAAAGGAAGGUAAAACGAUUUUUUAUUUUUUACAACAAACAAAUUUAGCGGGCACACCGUUUUCACGAGGAGGGAUGUUUGUGUUUUACACUUCGUGUCAUUAGUGAGAAUAUACAUCAUGGACACUCGACAGGAGAACGGGCUACCGCACUCACCUGCACUCGAUAUUCCAGGUCAUGAAAGUACCGCCAAAGAACACGGAGUACAUGGGACUCUCCUUAAAACAAAGGGAAAGCAUGGGACAACUAAAAUAAGUUCACCAGUCAAUAAUGUCACGGCGGAGUCUGGGAACCAACAGAUAGUAUCACUGGUAAACGCACCUGCACUACCCACGACACCACUCGAAUUACCUGGCGUUAUGGACGCAGAGGGGAGAGUGGACGAGUCCAGGCUGCGGAUGCACAUUUUCAAGAAUGGUGGUAUGUCCCCUUCGGGGCGUGGCCAGGUGUGGCGUUUCCUGUUUGGGAUGUACCCCUGCAGCUCCACGUCUCUGGAGCGCCCCCUACUGCAGGAGCAGCUCAACGUCCGCUACCACUCCAUGAAGAGGAAGUGGCAGCAGCUUUUUCCUGCCGCCAUCCGACUGCGUAUAAAUGGCACCGAUGCUGAGUUGGUGGCAGCGGUGCGGUACUUCGAUGUGAGGCAGGACAGGGUCCAGCUGCAGACUCAGAACCAGAGUGACGAGGUCAAGGAGAGGCUGUCCUUUCUGGAGCUACAGGCCCAGGUGUUGUUUGAGCGGGUGACCUUUGAUCUGGAGGAGCUCCAAGAGGCCAUCCGAAUCAUCGACAAGGAUGUGCCUCGGACAGACCGAGACCUACCCUACUACUCGGGUGAAGGCUUGGGCAAUCUGCUGGUGUUGAGGGAUAUUCUCAUCACAUAUGCUGCUUUUCACCCAGAGGUGAGCUAUGCCCAGGGGAUGAAUGACCUUUGUAGCCGAUUCCUGGAGGUGCUGGACUCUGAGGUGGACACCUACUGGAGCUUCUCCUACUACAUGGAGAAGUUCUCCAAGGACUUCCGUGCUGACGGCCUGCACAGGAAGAUAGAGCUGGAGGCAGCACUGCUGAAGGAGUUAGAUCCUCAGCUCCACACCCACCUGAUAACCGAUAGCAUGGAGAGUUUCACCUUCUGUCACAGAUGGCUGCUACUGGGUUUCCAAAGGGAGUUUGAGCACUGUGAUGCCCUGCGUCUCUUUGAGAUCCUGAGCUGUGACCACCUGGAGCUCAUCUCCCAGCAGGUGGACCGCGCCCGCUACCAGGAGAGGAUCGCCCGCAGGCAGAGUAUAGAGGAUAAACCAGGGUCUGAGGCACAGGCCGUCAACACAGAAUUCACCUUUGAACUCUUCAUCUGUGCCACCAUAUUAUUGGACAACAGAGAUGCCCUGCUGAGGUGUAAGAAUGAUGUGCAGCUCAUCCAGUUCACCAACAGUUUGCAGGGAACUCUGGACCUGAACCUCACCCUGAAGAAAGCAGAGGAGCAUUUCUACAACUACUGUAAGCGCUCUGCUUGGGACUAUAUGAACGGCCGCUGCAGGACAAGUAAAAACAAGGAGGGACACUUCUUGUUCCAGCUCCGCAGCUUCUUCUCCUGAACCCAGAUCAGUCCUUAACUUAACCUCUUGAACAUUCAGCUACAACCUGUAGUAACUGUGGGGUGGACUCAAAACAAGGGACCUAUUUCCUAAGAUGAGUGUGUGCUAUUGACAGGUCUUGUCCACUAACGUUGAAGCAUUCAUAUUUCUGUGGGAUCUACCUGGAGUGAGUGAUGCUGCUUACUUACCAACAAUUCUAUCAAUUUGGACUGUCUUUGUUGUUGUAUCUGAUUAUGCUAAUUUCUAUCUAUUUAAAACAUAUCUAUUUAUUAUUUAGAAAGGUGUCAUUGAACGGGUAGAAAAGUGUGCAACGCUGAAUUGGUUACAUCACCUGGAGUUUGGCCUUCUUGAUUUCUAGGUUUUUCUUGGUGAGUUUAGAAGAAAGCCCUGUUUACACAAUUAUAUAAUAAUUAGGACUAUGAUGUGGCCAAAAGGUAUUCUCACCCUUGAUCUGAGAUUCAACUAUAUAAUAUGUGAUACUACUGGAAGAAAACAAGUCUUGGAACUGCAUCAAGACCACUGAAAAAUCAGUCUAUUUCUAAAGGUAUAAAAUAGGAUGCCAGCUGAUCUAUGUAUCAUAGUGGACCUGUGUGAAAGGAGUAGCUGUUCAUUGGUUCAGUUCUGAGCCAAUACUGUCUGGAAUACUAAAAUAAAUAUGCAUGUCUGUCACAAUCUUGCUUAGUGAAAGUUUGAUGUUAGUUUGUUGGUGAUUUAAAUGUUUUAUUGUGAUCCAGCUAAUUGCCAUUGAGGGAGAUGUCCCUUUCAGGUGUCCAGUGCUUUUAGGCAGAUAGUGAACAUGUCAUUCUGAGUAUAAUUAGGUUUGGAACAAUUCAUUAAAAAAUGCUUUACAAACGAAGGCCACCAGUGAAGAGGAUUAUUUCCAGAUGUUUCACUGCUUGACAUUUCAGUUCCUCGACCUGCGAAUUAGUGAGUGAAGAAUAGGUUUCCACAUGUUGGAGGGACAGGCUUGUCAUUGUAUGUAUGUACUGUUAUUAUAUAAGGGUUAAAUGUAAUAAACUGUGGGACAUUAAA